AUGUCGAUCAGUAGUACUUGCUACCUGAACCUCUUCCGUGCUAUCAGCAUCAGCCAGGGGGACUCCAAGUGGGCAGUGCUGAAGGACCCAGCUGCUAAUGUGCUGUACGUGGCCAUGCUCUCGGUGCCUGAUGUUCUACACAAACAGAGUAUGCGACACAUCCAGAGAAUCAGCAUCUCUAUCAGAGCCUCUCUCGAGUCUAGAGCCACCACCAUCAUCCUCCUCCUGAUGAGCACCUUUGUCUCUUUUUAUACCGUGUCCUGCAUCUGUCAGAAUUGCUUGUCUGUGAUUUACAAGCCCAGCCCUGUGCUGCACCAUAUGUCGGCAUUUGCUUUGGGCAAUUUCCCAGCGCUCAGCCCUUUCCUGCUCAUGAGCAGACACUCUACUCCCUGCAGCCUCCUCUUCAACUGA